GUGACUAAGCCAUUUUAAGGUUAGAUUUUGCCGCAGCUCCAAAUUGACAAAACACAAUAAGAAUUUCCCCCUUGAUAGCAUUUACGCAACGCAGGCGAGCAGCAGAGGUUUCGUGCAGCAGUCGUACUCAUGGCAACCGUAGUAGCUAAAGUUAGUAAAUCAGUUCACCGCAUCUUUGUGGGUAACUUACCCUGGACGGUGGGUCAUCAGGAAUUACGCGGCUACUUUAAAGAAUUUGGACGUGUCUUAUCAGCCAACGUUAUAUUCGAUAAGAAGACCGGCUGCUCCAAGGGUUACGGCUUUGUCAGCUUUAAUAGCCUGACGGCGCUGGAGAAGAUUGAGAACGAACAGAAGCACAUCUUAGAGGGAAACUACUUAAACAUACAGAAAUCAUAGACACUUCUCAUACCAAAAACUUUGAGAAGUCCCAGCAGGGAGAGCGAGAGAGGAGAAGCAGGCGGCAAAUUUUAGUUCUAAGAAUUUUUCCAUUCACACUUUUUGUUACAGUUAUUACAAAUUUUUUUUUUUUUAGUUGAUUUGAUUUCUAUUUUGUAAGAGAUUAUGUCUAACAGUGAUUUGGAUUUAACAGAUGAGGAAGAUGAGGAGGAGGAUCUAUUCGCGAUAGCCACCGCCCAAGUGAUGCGCAAA